AUGGUAGCCAAAACCUCCACCCCAACACUAAGUCUAAUCAACCAAUUCUCAAACUUCACCCGCACAACCGCCGGCCUCGAAAAAACCCUCCGCCUAAUCCAAUCCCUCGCCCAGAUCGUCCUCGAACUUGAUACCGACCCAACGUCGACGACGCAAUGGGGGACCGCUAAGUCGCAAUUAGCCCUGACAAGACGCUUCUUCCGCUUCUUCGCUUUUAUAGACUGUUUCGAUCGCGUUUAUGAUCUUCUUGGCGGAAGAGGAGGAGGCGGAGGACAGGGGCCCUUCAUGACAUUGGUAGAGAUCGGACGGUGGAGUUGUCUUGGGUUAUAUUUUGUAUUGGAGGAUUUGACUAUUCUCCACGCCAUGAACGUCUACCAUGUCUCCUGGAACAUGCCUGUAUUGGUCGAAGCGUACAAGUUCUGGUUCUACGCGCUUUCACUAUCUAUUUUUGGGGCUGUCUGGGGGUUACUGUUUACUUCUUCUCCUUCUCCGGGAAAGACUGGGGGGAAUGGGAACAAGAAGGGUGGUAAGAAUGCCGUGAAAGUGGCGCGUGGCGAUGAGCGGCAUAGGGCCGAGAGAAGGGCUCUGGUGAAGAGGAUUGUGGUUGAUGGGUGUGAUUUAUUGAUUCCAGGGGUGUUUGUGGGUUGGAUGAAUGUGAGUGAGUUGAUGGUGGGAGUGACAAUGGUUGUUAGUACGGUUGUUUCUGGAGGGGAUGUUUGGGGGAGGGCGCAGGUGUGA